UUUUACAAUGAUGACCCUUCAAUAGUUAGUAUAAAAUUACUUAUCCAACUCACCUUAGAAGAUGUAUAAUGGCCUGGCAAAGCAUUAUUUCGUUUGCUCUCCUACUCUUCACAUCUCUUUCGUUCAUUUCUUUCAUAACCGCCACUCAUCCUGAAUUAAUAGGCUUGGAAUGUGACUACUCAAAGGGCAAUAAUUAUAUAGAAAAUAGCUCCUACCACUUAAACCUCUUGAGUGCCUUCUCUAAUCUUACUUACUUUUCCUCUUUCAAUACCUUUUCCAAUCUCACUGCAGGCUCAGAUGAGGAUGCCACAAACAAAGUUUAUGCCUUAUACGACUGUCGGCUUGAUCUCACCCUCCAGACAUGCCAGGAUUGCAUUGAAGACGCCACAAAGUUUCUUUUAAAGAUGUGCCCCUUGAAAGAGUCUAUGGCCGUAUAUGGGGAGUGCAUGUUACGCUAUGCAAACCGUCCAAUCUUUGCUAUGAUGGAGCUGAGGCCCUCGUUUAUUGAAUGUGUGAUUAGUACGCCUGAUGGAGGUGAAUUGAAUCGAACAGUUGAACCGAUCUUUACAAGGCUUAUAGAUGAAGUCACAUCGAGAAAUUCAGCUCAGUAUUUUGCUGUAGGAGAAGGGAGUUAUUUUGAAUAUCAAAAGGUGUAUUGUUUAGUGCAAUGUACUCCGGAUAUAAGUAGGGUGCAAUGCAAAGAGUGCUUAAUGAAUGCCUUGAAUUACACGCUUCAAUGUGCAAAUAGUAGUAGUGGGUUGGGAAGCUAUCACAAUGGACCAAGCUGCCAGACAAGAUAUGGAGUUUUUCCUUUCUUUGAUCUAUCCUCAUCAUCUCGUCAUCCAGUUCAACCUACGGCUUCUCCUCCCAUUUCGCCACAAUUAAGGACAAGCAAUAUCGGAGUUCAAAUCGAUCAAAAGCUUUCUUAUACUCUAUUUAUCAGUCUUUUAUUUACUAUUUGGACUUUGUUAAAAACGUGAUAGAUUCUAAGGAGUAAGGACGGAUGUACUAAGUUAUUCUUAGUCCCAUAAAAACUAUACUAAGGCCCUGUUCUCUUCACCUUAAAAAAAUAAUAUUAAGUAAAAAUAAUUUCAGUUCAAUAAAAAUAAGUUUAG